AUGAGCGAUAAAAAAAGAAAUGGAAUACAACGAAGUUGGCUUGAUGUGCGCUGCACUUCAAUAGGAAGUCCACAACAUGAAACACUGAUGAAAAAAUUUCUGGAUGACUUUCUUUCCGAGGUUCAUUCCCGUACUGAUUCACAAUUCAAGGCAUAUUUUGGUGAUGGUAAUGCGUUAGCUAAUAUGUUGUGUACUGUUUUUGUGCGCAACUCAAAGCAUAUCCUUACUUCCCCUCUUGAGGAAGCAGUCUCGAUAGCUUCGGCUCCGUACCAAAACAUGUUGGUGGACUCUCUUUUUCUUUUAGUCACCUGUGAAUCUAAUCAUGAUAAUUCCCUAGCAAGCUUGGCUGCGAUUUUUGAGUUAUUUGGGUAUUAUAAUAUAAUAUCUACCUUGCUCUCGUUGCAUUCCCAAUUGAUGAGUUCCUUAAAACAUCCUGAACGCCGACUUUCUGAUCGAGUAAGUCGAGCUAACCUAGGGCAUAUGCGUCUUGUGCAAGCGGUGGUUUGUUGUCCACAACCCGAGUUAAUCCGGAAAAGCCUUCACGAGGCAACACAGCCAAAGCACAUCGACUUGGUGGUGACAACCUUGACGAAGUGCCAUACUACGCUCCCGAGUGAUGUCAAUGCUUCUGCACUUGCCGAGAUCACGUCCAAGGUCUUUCAACGGCAAAUUCUUUACUCCCAGGCUAUGGAGCCUAUUAAUCUAGCCAUUGCUUUUCUAGAAAGCAGCAUUGGAAGUGUUCAAGUCGAUGUCUCCAGCGAGAGUAAAUCACACGUUGCGGUUAGCCUCACCUGUUUUUUAGAAUGUGUUGCCUUUGCUUCACAGCAUGUGGGAUACAAGAUAAAAGAAACACUUGACUUUGGUGCUAUCGCAGCCAUGAUGCUCGCUCUUCCAAAGGCCUUGGAGGAUUCAGAGGCAUCAUUAUGUAAAAGAAUUUUAAUAUGUUUUGAAAAGAUCGUUAAGUUAUCAAGAAAGUUAUCGGAAUCAUCCGCCUCAGUUUCUAGGGAGCGUAGUGGUAUUCGCCAAAUUCUUCCAGAAAUCUUUAGUAAGUUCCAAGAAAAAAUACUUGGAGCUUUAACGGUCGGAGGAGGUCAGACGGUUAGACCCUCGGUAAACUGUCUUGGUGUGUUUCAAUGCUUGUUAACCUUAUUUAUAUGCUCGUCUUCUUCAUUACUUAUUGAACACUAUGGUGAGGGAUUAUUUCGUCUGCUCUUAUCUGGGGGUGUGGACAAUUCGUUGCGCGAAUUUGUGUUGCUAUCGUGUCAUGAAAACAUUUCCUCGCUCACUUCGCAGCAAUUACGUUUUGUUCUGGACUUUCUAUUCCAUCUCAACGAGAAUGAUGAUAUUUAUAAACAUAUCAAAAUUAUCAUGGACGACUUCUGUACAGACAACAUUCUUGCAUCACCCUGUAAAAUUCUUCUUAUGGAAUUUUUCAUUAGCUGCUGCGAAAGAAUGCCGCUUGCCGUAGACCUGGCCUUAAGAAGUGGCAUCAUUUCAGCCUCCUUGCGUUGUGUCUUGAGUAUGCUUUCCAAAUGCGAUACAGAAUUGUCCUUGUUUGUUGAGAAAGCAGCAGUGGUUUGGAAAAUGUUGGUGAGAUCACCGGCUGCGACGUGUUUUUUAGAACUUCAUCAUACACCCUAUCUCCUUCUAAACACUAUUCUUGAGUCCAGAAGCAGGCAUAAAUAUGAUGUCGCUGUUAUUCUGAGGGAUAUGUUCACGAACCUUGUGGUCAAAACAGGAACUUUCUACAGUACUCUCAUAACAACUAUCUCGCAAUACACUGAAAUACGACCCUGGCGACCAGGGACUUCUGCCCUUCUUGCAGUGCUUGUGGCUACAUUGCAAACUGGGAAGCAUUGCGAGGAUGCUAUUAGGGGGAACGCGAUUGAGCUGUGCCUUGCAAUGGUGUGCGACCUCCACAACAGCGACGCUUCACGGGUGGAUUUGCACUUCAUCGGGUGCUGUCUCUGUUUCCUUCUUCCUGUAGUAAAUUAUAGCGAUGUGUGGGAUGUGUUCGACUCGUCUCUAGUGAGUCUUGCUCACACAACACGUAACGUCCAGUUUAUGCUGGACUUAUGUUGUGGGGUUUUCUGUACAAACGAAAGCAUCUCAGCUUGCUUUUCGUAUUUUGAAUCGGAUGACGAGACAGUUUUUGACUCGAUGCACAGCUCGUCUGUCUUUUAUGGCCCAUAUGCAGUCUUAGAGCGGCCUUUCUAUGAGCUUAAGCACCCACUUAAAAUUCUUAUCAUUUGGGCAGGUGAGGAACGUUCUGCUAUGGGUGACAUAUGUGGUGACUCUACUGCAAGCGAUCUAGUCUUUGUGGUUGAAAAAUUCCUUCUCUCUACCAAAAUCAGACUUCCAAAUUCAUUUCUUGCGCAAUAUAUUAUUGAAUGGAAGCAACCCAAAUUACUGUGCUGUGUGCAAGAUGUCGCUAGUGAGGAAUUCAACAACCUUUUUUUCGGCGGCGACGACACCUUGGAUGCGGUUGAUUUGAAAACAAACGCCUGGCUGUCUGCUUUUGAAAUUCGUGAUGGUGAGUCUGUGGAAAACCGAUGUAAUAUUGAGUUUUCUGAAUCCAGUGGUGCCUAUGGCACUGUUCGCUGUGUUAGCGAAUUGUGGCCAUCUGUUGAUGGCUACUCAACAGAAACAUGGGUGCACUGGAACUACUUUUCUGCUCUUGAGCGUAAAGAUCAACGCAACUCACUAUGGCAACUAUCGUGGUCCACCCCUGAUACAAUUUUUUCUGUUUCUUUUUUGAUAAACCCUUAUGAAGAAUGUUGUCAUUAUCUUUAUGAAGAAAAUUUUAAUUCUUCAUCCGUAGAACUUCCCUUUAUUCCCCCUGGUAGGUGGGUGCACGUUGUGACAUGUCAUUCUCGCAAUAUGCUUCUUACAUCAACCCUCCAGAUUUACUAUGAUGGUGUAUUGGUUAGCGUAUCACCUUGUCCAUAUCCUCAUAUCACCGUGCAAGACGCUGCUUCAGUGGGUAGCGGCCUGCACACGGUGGUUCACGAAGUCGGAUGCACAGUAGGCUCGCCACGAGAAAAGCCAAACGCAAAUAUUGUUUUAAAAUAUAUCUCGUACACCUUGUUCAACUACAUUCUAUCAUCUGAGGAGGCCGCAGCUCUUUAUUCUCUCGGAGCACAAAACCAAUGCAACUUUUGGGGACAUUCCAAUUCUCAUGAGGCAUCGCUGCGAGACCUCUAUCUCCGAGAUGAAGUCCUACGGGCCAUAAACGUUUCUCAAAGGCUUGGUAGCUUGGCAUCAUGUUGCAAAAAAGGUUCUAUUUUAAUUGCAUCACCGCCUGAGCGAGCUCUUCUGCGGCUGCACGCGCGAUGUAUGCACCUCAUAUCGAGUCAGUUGAAUUAUUUGAACAAUAAUCAGUGGGCUUUACUGAAUUGUGAGUCUACCUCUUCAACGAAAUUUAUUGCCUACGGGAGUCAUACGUCUCCGAACGAAGCGACAUGCAACGAGGUGGACGCCUUGCUGGCGCACGGUGCCAUGCAUGAAUGGGUUCACUGGACAAACAUCAUUGACAGGGAGAUGAUAUUGCAAAAACAGAAGACCGAGAGGGUAAUCCUUACUGCCCGACGCCUUCUGCGUGUCCUUGUUGCGUCCAACAAGCAAACCGAAUUUUCUUAUCGAAACUGGAGGCAUUUUAUGAGAUGGGUUACAAAUCAUGUUAUGCGGCACCCGCGUCUGUACUUAACCGACACCGAAUCUCUUCAAGCCUUGUUUUUGAUUAGCGCCUGUCCAAUGGACACUCACAGGCAAUUCAAUGAAGGAGAUCAUACCUUCCGCAGAAGCCUUAUUUACUACACUGCGCCUCUUGAAGAAAUAUUUUUCAAUUGGAAGAUACUUUCCAAUCUCCCAAUCUCUGCCUUACAUAUAAUCCUCAGCAACAUUGAGGAUUUGAUUUGCCUUGAAAAUCCUUAUCACUGCAUUAAUGCGCAUCGAAUAUGCAAUGCAGAUUUUAUUAAUGGUUUUCUGUGCAGUCUUUUUCGCCAACAUGUGGUGUACGUAAUUCUCGAGCGUGCUAUGCACUGCGUUACGUUAAUAUUACUAGCUCUAGCUUCCCAUGAUGUGUUUUUGAGUGAAGCACUUAGUCUCUGUUGUUUGUCGAUACCUGAUAACUCCGUCAGGACACACCUUGGUUCCAAGUUACUGACAACUUCUCUAUCAUAUAUCGAGAUCGUUCGAAAUUUAUUGCUAAAGUCCAUCAAUGACGCCUGGGAUCAGCUGCCACCAGCGAAAAAGGAGACAUUCGUAAAGGAAAUGUGCAACGUCUUGCCACCAUUCUGGUUCCCCAUCAUGAUAUCAGCCCAGUCUCACCCUGUCACAGUAACUUUGUCUGUGCGUAUUUUUGUGAUUUGCUUUCUUUCAUGCUCUUCUUUCCAGGAGCGCUACAGAGGCAACGCUGUUCUUACCUUGAUGGAUGGACUUUCCUGCUAUGCUCAUCAACAGGAAAUGGUUGAGAUCGUCUUUAUGAGCUUUCUCGGACAUAUCAGUAGGCUUAACCAGCAGCAGGAGAUGCACUCGUUUUCUUCGGUGCUUCCUUGUGGGAGUUCUGAACUACAACCCCUUCUCUCCUUAACUCUGAAUCUUUUGAAGCGGACAUCUCAGAUCUUUUUGCGUGAUGAGAAAGUUCUUUCUCCCAUUGUAUGGAUGCGUGACUAUUUCACUGGCAUCACGUCCUCACGGCUGCCUCAAUCUAAUGCAAAGUGUGCGCUACGGCGUUGUGUCACUACAAUCCGUUGCUGCAUACGCUUGAGAAGCAAACAAAAAAACAGAUAUCAGGUUGAAGAAGUUUUCAGGCAGGGGGUUCCUUGCGCAGAAUUGGCCAUGUCUAUGAAAGCGACUAUGUGUGCGAUCCUGGAAUGUUUGGCGGAAAACUAUGGGCAACACCUUUACAUUGAAAACGCCCUUUAUAAUAGUGAAAACAUGACAAAUUUGGUUGAUCUUGUGUCAUGGCCGUUACUAUGUGCUAUUUCACGAAGGUAUGUCGAACAAGACGCUCCUUCUUCAGGAUGCAAUGAAAAAAGCAAAAGUUUAACCAGCAUUGAGGAAAUAGCAAGUCCUGCAGUUCCUACACCCGAUGACGACGACGAUGACUGGGAGUUACUAGGAAUUGUAACUGAUAUAUCGCCCAAAAGUUAUGAAUUGGAUAACCUGUUUCCAAGAGAAGGAUUUCAUUGUGUAUACGAUGCUUGUCGAUCCUUUUACAUGUCACACGCCUUAAAUUGUAUUCGAAGCUCUGAUGCCCAAAUUGUCUUUCGCGGAAGUACACGGAUUAAUAAAUUCGUUCUAUCCUUGCAUCGAGCACUUUCUUCAGAAAUUAAGGGAAUUGAGAAGCAUACGGAGAAUCUUCGAGAGGCGUUUCUGUGCAGUAUAUGGCUUAAGGCUACUGAGAAUUCAAUUGCUACCACAAAACCAUGUUCAUCUGUGUCAAAAAAUGCUCUUGCCUUAGGUAAAUAUGUGCUAGAUCGCUUAGUAAGUGGGUCUGUAAUAGCUCCUGCUAGUGUUUCCAGUCUUUUUCGGUUUCUUCUUACGCGAAUAGAACGGAAUGAAGAUGUUCAGAAAAGUACUCGUGCCUUCUUGUUUGAAUGGUUAAUGUAUGUUAUGAACCCCAAGUACUAUAGAUAUGAAGUGUCUAGGGCUGCAGACGUAAUAGAUUUAUUAUAUCCUAAUAAAGAGCUAUUAUUUGCUUGUUUUAUUCCAGUGGCUGAAUUUGUGCGCAUGAUACUUGUGAGACUCAUGGAGAUUUCUCAUAUUUUCGUAAGUAGCUAUGGCACCAUUAGCUGCCCUAUCGCAACGAGGUUAGUUUCGAUUUGGUAUUCUUUUAUCAACGCCAAUGAGGGGGUAACCACUUUGAUGAAAAUAGCCGUUGCUAGCAGCAGUAGUGCCCUGUUACUAAGCGAAGGAUUAAACCUGCUGCUUCCGCCUGUGUCUUCUGUAGAGAAGUUUCUGCAGUGGAUGCACGAUAAUCGUAUCGCAUUCGGGCGCUGUCUCAAAGACGUUCCUGUAAAAUUUAAUUUUCUAGUCAGUGAAGGAGGAAAGUACAACCGAAUUAUGCGAAAAACUGUAAAAGCGAAUCGUGAGGAAACGUCUGACAUCAUAAAGCAUGUGUCGGAUCUAACACUAGAUAACAAAACGAACUGGCUCAAGUUCACUGAUACAACCACUUUUGUUGAACCGAUAUUUCUAAAUCCCAUCAGGCUAACAUUUCCUAGUAGUUGUAUAAUCGGUUGUCGUAAUACACAGACAAAUGAACCCUGUCUCUGGUUUUGGCAUGCAAAUAACAUCGUUGGAAAGAGAAAUUUGUACGAAGGUGAGGACAUCGACAAUCUUGUAGGCGAACCACUUUGUCACUACAUUAUGUAUGCCCCCCCUGUAUGUGUUUCACUGCUUGCGUCUACUCAGGAGGCUCCUCUUACGCGCUGCAGGCUUCGACCAAACGCCUCUAUGUUGCUCUCUAAGAUUGCAGGUCCCUUUCCAGAAGGUGGUCCCCAGUGGGUAGGAAAUGUAUACUUCAUUGUUGGUGCACGCAGCCAUAUAUGCACCUUGACACUGACCACAAGGGAAGUUGUUAUCAUAAGCUGCAGCGAAGUCACCAAAUCCGGUGAUUUUACCAUUUCCCAUGUCAGACCUCAUCAUGCGACGAGAAAAUCGCGCUUUAAGCCCAACAUCAUGCAGGCAACUUUGCGUCGGAUUAUGCCCUACCAAUCACUUGGGCCUGUGACAAACUCCGAGGCGGCGUUCCGCUUUUCGCAGUACUAUCGCCAGGUAUGCACGGAAUCAGCUGUAGAUGCAGAUCCUUUUGUAUGGCGCUUCUCCCUUCAUAACGUCGCCUAUCUGUAUCAACGCUUGUUUCAGCACAUGUUGACCGGCCUGGAAUUCAUCAUGGAGACUGGUGAGCGCUUUUUUAUAGUAACUUUGAACGAAGAGUUCUCUUUCUCAAAAUCCAUGUGCAAUAUGUUACAGCAUGCUGUCGAGGACUUAGCGCCCCAUAUUGUUGUGGUGACAAUGAGUGGUAAAAGAUCAAAGUUGGCUGCAAUCACUAAACUCUGGGUAAAUCAUGGGAUGAGUAAUUUUGACUACCUCAGUGCGCUCAAUGACGCAGCCUCCCGCACAGUUGCUGAUGUUGGUCAAUAUCCAGUUAUGCCAUGGGUGCUGCGGGAGUACCAAAAGGACACUAUUCAGGUCUCAGAUCGAGGUAUAUACCGAGAUCUGAGCAAACCAGUCGGUGCGCUCAAUAUUCUGAAAGCAGAGAAGCUUCGCCGUCGUUACACCGAAUGGCUCAGCGAAAGUGAAUUACCAUUUCAUCAUGGCACACACUACAGUAGCGCUGCGGUUGUCUACUACUAUCUUAUCCGACUGCAACCCUUUACGGUGCGUUCGAUUAGCUAUCAAGGUGGCCGCCUCGAUAUCGCAGAUAGGCUUUUUCACAGUGUCGCAGAGGCUUGGGACAGCAGCAGCGGACCAGGAACGGGUGACGUUAAGGAGCUUAUCCCAGAAUUUUUCCGUGUAUCUGGGUUCUUAUUGAAUCGUAACAAUACUCUACUUGGCACACGGCGUGACGGCGAGGCUGUAGCGGACGUCAUUCUGCCCCCAUGGACACAAGGAAUCCCAGCUUUCUUUGUGCACUUCAAUGCUUUAUGCCUUGAGAGUGGUUAUGUGAAUGAACACUUGAACGAGUGGAUUGACCUCAUUUUCGGUUAUAAACAAUGCGGUGAAGAAGCCGUGAAUGCAUACAAUGUUUUCCAUCAUCUCUCUUAUCAGAAGGGUGUUGAGCAUGCUAUUGUGCAUGCGGCAUCUGAGGAGGAGAGGAGGUCUAUUGUUGCCUCUGCGGAUAACUUUGGGCAAACACCGCUGCAACUUUUCAGCAAAGGACCACAUCCAAAGCGGUCCAACUUAACCGAGGCAACUUUAACGCAGCAUAAUCUUCUUGCGAAUGCCCACACUAUGCAACUACAGACGUUCCCAUCGGUCAACCAGAUAGGCGACAAGAACGCACCGGUGACUAAGCUUUUUGAGAUAGCAGACACAGUUUACGGUUGUACGCAGGAUGUUACAAUUUCAGGCCUAAAACGAGCAGUUAUCUUUACCCACCUGCUUCACAUGGAUGCAAUUCGGUACAGCGACUUGCGACAAGGAAGGUCAAGCGCAACUUUGCCGCUGCUCCAUUCUUUUGGUUGCGGCACCUUUACUUGUAUGUGCGCCUCUGAGUCUGGCAAUUUGCUCUGUGUGGGAACUAGUCGUGGGAAAGUUAUCUUGUUUUGUCGUGACUUCUCGGCCGAGCCGUACAAAGUCACUUCGGUCAUGCAUUCUUCGUGUGAUGUGAGCAACCCUGUACAGUUUCUCGCACUGUUCCACGAAGGACGGCUGAUCACAACACAUGAAUAUAGCACCCUGGUCACAGGUUGGCACAUAUCCUGCCUCAACACAAUGCAGUGCUUUUCUCUAAAUAUUGAACCUGAUACUGCACAAGAUUUUUCACCAGUAGUUCAGGUAGCGAUGGAUAAUCAGAGACAUAUUUACUAUGGCGCACGAAGCCACGGAGUUGUGAUCUUCACUGAUGAGGGUGUUCUCCUAGCCCACGUUGUGUUGGAUGAAAUGAUUUCCAUUAUUUUAUCCAAGGCCAGUCUACCGACCGAUAUACGCACUAGCAUCAAGUCAAUUGCAUACUGUAAUUGCACUUCUUUUUCAUUUGAAAAUAUAAUAUAUUUAGGUCUUGAAAAUGGGUUGCUUCUUCUUAUGCGUGUUAGUGACAUAAAGUCACUUGGCCCCACAGAAAAGGCACUGUAUACGAUUAAACCACACUACUCAUUUGUUUUCAAGAGUGCUAUUACCAGCAUUAUGGUUUUGAACGAAGGUCGUUGCGUAGUGGUAGGGCUCGAAAGUGGUUUGAUCGAACAAUUAUUGUACCCUAGUUUUCAAGAUCCUUCUGAUAGUGAGCCCUUUACAUAG